AUGGUCUACGCCUUCAGCCUCCCGACCACGUCCCCCCUCUCAUUCCAAUCCUUCAUCUCAUCCUCAACACAUCCCUCGCUCCCUCAAGCAGCAUCCAUUGCCCGUCAUGCUCUCCGCAACGCCCUAAAGGCCCACAAGCGCCUACCCCGCGGCGCUCGACAAGAUGCCCACCUCCCAACCGUCCUCUCCGCCGUAAACGACUACCUCCCCUAUCUCUUCGCAAUCUCACACGGUCUACGCGGUCAAUCUAUCAAACUUGAGAAUACUACCGGCAGCCAAUAUGGAAGCUAUAAUGAUCCGUCAGCCGAGAACCAGCCCCGCGCUGGCGAAGAAAUCGAGAUAACACUACGCGCGGAGAUCGAAUCUGCCUGGAAGCCUUCACUAUCAAGCUCCAGCACUUUAAGCCUCAACUCCCCAGCGGGUAACCCAUCAAACGGAAAAGGCAUUCGAGCUCGCGGGGGCCGUGCUACAGGCCAAGGCAUCAACUAUGAAAUCGCAUUCGUGCUCACCACACUCGGCUAUGUGCUAAGCCGACUUGCGCGAGCGAGCGUCAUCCAAUCAGUAUAUGCACCCAUAACCCAAAGUAGCGAGCAACGUACUGCAGCCGUGCAGACCGCAACCCGGCACCUACUACAGGCUAGCUCGAUACAUGGGCUUCUAGCUUCCUCACCUUCUCUCUCCGUGGCAGCUUCAGGGCUAGCAUCCGUGUCAGAUGUGGAUACAACGACACAGUCUGCUUUAGCAUCCCUCGCGCUCGCAGAGGCCACUCUUCUAGCUGUGUUGAAAGACGAUGCGUACGUCGCGGCGUGUGUGCAAGCGCGCAAUCCAAAUGACCGGGAAUGGAUGGUGAAAGCCCCCGACAUCCCAAAGGUACGGGCGUUACUAUUUGCGCGUCUAUGUGUGCGCGCUGCUGAGUACGCGGAGCAGGCUGCUGCUGGGUUUGGAAGUGUUGGAUCAAGCAAGAGUGGUCGUCUUGAUGACGAGGUUACGCGGUACGCUGGCGUUCUGGGCCGCGUUGCUCGUGCGCGUGCUUGUCGAUUCUUUGGAAUCGAUGCGGAACUUGCAGGGAAAUGUGGCGAGGGCAUUGCAUGGCUGCGAGCUGCACGUACACCACUUGGGCUGCGCGGAGGCGCGGGAUCAUCUGCUGGAUCUGAAGAUCCUGGAGUGUCGGCUCCAUCUAAGGGUGGAUUUUCCCGCCUCAAGCGUGAGUGGACGGAGCGCCGGGAAGAGAAGAAAAUUGGUAAAGAUGCUGGCGGUGGUCGUAGCGAGAAAGGUCUUCUGGAAGAGGGAGACGAUGCUGGCCGUGACGAAGAGGGCCGAGUAAUUACGAUGCUGGAGACGAAGUGGGUGCGCAUGAAUGAUACAAUCAACACUCAGGCCAUUCCGCCGUCUGCACCCUUAUUAUCUAACCUACCAUCUGGUCGAGAUAUACACACACCGCCUGCACCCUAUAAACCUCCUUCAUUAGAUGAAGACCAGCUGAUGCACAUGCGGGCUCCACCGAACGAGCUUGAGGAUUUAUCCUUCACGAACGAUCCUGAGGAUAGCGACGAAGAGGAUACCUCACCCGAAAGACGUGGGCCACCGGGAGGAUUCCCAGAUCGCAGCGAAACCGUUUCGACUGUGUAUUAUUGA